GCCCUUGGCCCCGAUUUAUUGACUUAUUCUCAUCGUGUGGCCAAUUAUGGCUGUUCUCCUCGUUUAGGUGAGAUUCAUCCCCUGCACAUAACAUUUCACUUCUUUCUUCUCUAAAUCACUUCAUCGUUCUCUAAGUUUGGAAUGAAUGCAUGUCCUUAAAUCAUUAGUUCCCUCUACGCUUUCUCAGUUCUUCAAACCAGAGAUUGAUACCCGGGUCGGGAGACGGCUGCAGUAUUCACUUAACCCAAAGCUCAUCCUAAACCAAAGAAGAAGAUUCGGGAAAUUUACCGCAGCAACAAUUGUUUCAAGCAUCAUGGAGGGGGUUGUUCCAGAAAGCACUGAACAAGUCAGGUAUGUGAGUCCCAAUUGUACAGAAAUUAUCGUGAUCCGUCAUGGUGAAACCGAAUGGAAUGCUGAAGGAAGAAUUCAGGGGCACUUGGAUGUUGAACUAAAUGAUAUGGGGAGACAGCAAGCACAUGCUGUUGCUAAUAGACUUUCCAAGGAGCCUAAGAUAUCAGCGGUAUACUCAUCAGACUUAAAGAGAGCUUUCGAGACUGCAGAGACAAUUGCACAACUCUGUGGAGGUCUUGUGGUUGUAAAAGAUCCAAGCCUUAGAGAAAGGCAUCUAGGCGAAAUUCAAGGCCUUCUUUACUCUGACGUAUCUGUAACAAAUGAUAAGGCAUAUCAAGCAAUGGUAUCUCGCCAAACGGAUAGAAUAAUCCCUGGUGGUGGAGAAAGUCUUGAUCAACUUUAUGAACGCUGCACGUCUUCUUUGGAGAGGAUCGCAGAGAACCAUAGAGGUGAGCGAGUGGUCGUGGUGAGUCAUGGCGGUACUAUUAGGGCACUUCAUAGACGGGCUUCAUCCAAUGGUCGCUGUGGGAAGAUAUCAAAUGCUUCUGUCAACAUAAUUCACUUGUCUGAGGAUGGCCAAUGGACCAUUAAAGUUUGGGGUGAUGUCAGUCAUCUAGGUGAUGCCGGGUUUUUGAAGUCCGGGUUUGGUGGUGACCAAAACUCUGGUUAAGUUAAAGGGGGAAGGGACACAUAUUGCUUUGGAUUUGGAUUCAGCAGCCAACACUCAAUUAUAUCAAUCUAUUAAGUGUUUGGAACACUAAUGAUUUCGUAGCAGUACACUAAUCACAUGAACCAAAGUACUUGGGUUCAUUAGUGGUGACACUUGUAGUAAUAGCUAGGAGUGUGAGCGGGUCGGGCGGGUCCCGCGGGUCCCGCGGGUCCCACUCUAAAUUUUAAGAAACUUUCUUUAAAUGGGUAGGGGCAGGGUGAGUAUAUUUAUUUCAAUCAGACUUCAUAUACUCAUAUUUUAAAAUUUUAAAAUAUCACACCUUGCUUGAAAUGAGUCA